AUGUAUCAGUAUCUCCCAGAUCCCUCGCUUGGCCGUCGCCAAUGGGAGCGGGGUUUUGGAAGGAUAUUGGCCUUCUUCUCCUUUGUCACUCUGGCGUCCGGCAAUGCUGGGCUGCUGCAGCCCGCCAGGUAUGCGAACGGGAAGACGCCAACGAAAUUACCACUCCUGGCUCAGAUCGGAGAGCUAGCAUUUGACGUCGAAGUAGCGUCGAGCGUCAGAGCAGCAGCAACACCUGCCGCUACUCCCUUGGAGUGCUUUCAGGUCGCAGAGCCGGUCUUGACACCCAGUAGUGGAUAUGGCGAGGAAGCCUGCACAGUUACCCUCAUGGAACAUACAUUCGCUAACAGCUAUGGUUCACCAUUUGUCGGCAAUUACACACCGCCGAGUUGCGACUUUGACCAUGUGGUCAUGAACUUUACUGUAGAAGUCAAGGGCCGGCAGUAUGACCGCUGGGGCUCCAUGUAUCUUGGCAAUGUCAAUGUCUUUAGCACGUCCACCGCAGAGCCCACAGCCACAGGCAUUCGCUGGACCUGGCUGAAAGACAUGACGCCGUACCUGUCUCUUUGGAAGGAGGACCAGACUGUCAUUUUUCAGCUCGACAACGUGGUUAACGACAUAUAUACCGGGCUUCUCAAUACUACACUUACUGCUACUUUCUUCAAGAGCUCGGUCCGAACUGGUGGCCACGCACCAGCAGACCUGAUCCUUCCUGUCUCUGCCGGGAAGAGUCCAGUGACGGGGAGCUUCUGGACAGUACCCGAAGAGAACGCUACGACGUCUCUAAACUUCCCCCGAAACGUAAAUCGUGCCGUCUUCUCGGUCGCGGUCAAAGGGCAGGGCAACGAGGAGUUUUGGUGGAGCAAUGUACCAGAAAGCGAUACGCACACGUUCGAUCCCGACGUGGGGACAUAUCCUGGAUACUCGCCGUGGAGGGAGCUGCAGGUACUGAUCGAUGGUCAGUUGGCUGGCGUGCAUUGGCCCUACCCAACAAUCUUUACUGGAGGAGUUGUACCGCAGCUGCACCGCCCUAUUGUAGCGACUGAUGCGUUUGAUCUCAGAGACCAUGAGAUUGAUAUCACACCAUGGUUGCCACUCUUAUGUGAUGGGAAUAAUCACACCUUUGACCUGAGAAUGAUCGGCCUGGUGGAUGAUGGAAAAUCCAGCGCAUCACUUUCCUCGACUGUGGAGAGCUCGUGGUAUCUUGUAGGGAAGGUAUUUUUGUGGCUCGACGAAGAUGAGAACGCCAUCACGACGGGAACAAUCGGCGCAAAUGGCAACGCAGACCCGACAAUCGGUUUCUCGCAGUCGAUAACUCAGAACGCGACAGGAUUCAACGAAACCCUCGACUUCAGCCUCAGUGUUAGCCGCGACUUCUCGGUCAGUACUCUACUCACCACACAGAAAAGGAAUGGCACUGCCACCUGGUCCCAGAAACUUUCUUACUCAAAUCUGGGUGGGCUGUACGCAAACGGAUUUGGCGGUAUUAAUACCUUCGAGAUCACUGGUCGAGACACAGCAGAAAGCCCGGGAUGGUCGUACUCGACAAGCUACAACUAUCCUCUGUAUUGUAACACAACUCAGUCCACCUCAGCAGAGGGGAAUACGACUCUGUGGGCCGUGUUAGACCAGGGGUUGAACCUCGAGGUGGAAGGAAAUGCUGUAUAUGCUACUGGCUUGGAAGCUUUUGAGGCUGCCGACGGUACAACGAAGUGGAUUGGCUCCGUGAUCAAUACGGAAAGGAAUGGCACAGCCAACUAUUCACGGUAUGCCGACAACACUGUUUCGACUGGUAUUGGCUCGACGGACCAAGUCUUUUAUUUUGGCGGACUAACGGAGAGCGGAACCUUUGACACACCUGGGACAGAGCUGUACUACCGAAAUGUAAGCGCCUUCAACAACACCGUCACUGCUGACUAUGAAGUCAUCGAAGGCAAAGUGGUAAGCGAGUCUUGA